CCUCCUCAAUGUAAGGACCAAUCAGAGCCCGCCCCUCCUCAAUGUAAGGACCAAUCAGAGCCCGCCCCUCCUUAAUGUAAGGACCAAUCAGAGCCCGCCUCUCCUCAGUGUAAGGACCUAUCAGAGCCCGCCUCUCCUCAGUAUAAGGACCAAUCAGAGCGCUCCUCCGGCUCCAUCACUCCGUCUUUGGAAGGUUGCCGGUGGGCGCUGCACUGGUUCAGCCCAGACUCGGAGCUCUGAGGAGGGGAUGUAGUGGUCUCAGAGCCCCCCUCAGGACGCCAGCCUCCCACUGAACAUCAUGCUGUGCUCUGGCAGGUCCCUGCAGGUCCUGGUCCUGUGGCUGACCCUGAUCCUGACCGUGGACUCCCGGAGGACCCGGAGCAGGACAAAGCGCUGGUCUGCAGGAAUGCUUCUGUCCAAGAAGAUUAUGGAUGGCACCAAAUCGCAAAAGCUAAAGACCAGCCACCUCCUGCGCAUCGAUGAGCAUGACUUCACCAUGAGGCCAGCGUUUGCAGGUCCUGCAGUUCCUGUAGGAGUAGAUGUUCAAGUGGAGAGCUUGGACAGUAUAUCUGAGGUAGAUAUGGACUUCACCAUGACUUUGUAUCUACGACACUACUGGAAGGACGAGAGAUUAGCCUUCCCGAGUGCCACCAACAAGAGCAUGACAUUUGAUGGACGCCUUGUGAAAAAAAUCUGGGUGCCUGAUGUGUUCUUCGUCCAUUCCAAGAGGUCCUUCAUCCACGACACCACCACUGACAACAUCAUGCUGAGGGUCUUUCCAGAUGGUCAUGUUCUGUACAGCCUGAGAGUAACUGUUACUGCUGCCUGCAACAUGGAUUUCAGUCGUUUCCCUCUGGACUCACAGACCUGUACCCUGGAGCUGGAGAGUUUUCUACAGCAGCACAGGCUCGUACAACCGUUUGUACAUCAACUUCACUCUGAGGCGCCACAUCUUCUUCUUCCUGCUGCAGACCUACUUCCCUGCGACUCUGAUGGUCAUGCUGUCCUGGGUGUCCUUCUGGAUCGACCGCAGGGCCGUCCCUGCCAGAGUGCCACUCG